AUGGCCGAACAGGACGGCUCCAUCGCUGUGCCAUCUAAUUCAGGCGCGACAACUGACCAAAGUAGCUCGCGGCGUAGAUCCACCUCCAACGCCGAAUCUUCCAAUUUCUCUCGCUCCUCUCGACGGACCUCGAUCGCGCGAGCCGACCAACAGCUGUCGGAUGCUUCCUCCGUCGAGCUUACCUCGAAACCCUCCGUUCCAUCUAGCGAGCGCUCAGGCUCGGUGGACUCCGAACCUCGCAAGUCUCGCACUCAAGCCUCCCUCCUCCCCCGAAUCCGUCACUCGAAGAUCCACAGCACGACCUUCCACCCCCUCCGACGACCUGGCGUCCUCCUGACCGGCACUACCCAACCGCUUAGCAGGCCACAGCGCGUGCAGCCCAAGCUAGACCUCAACACCCGCCCCGAGACGCCCCCAGCGCCGGCUCCUUCGCCCCCAGCAUUCGCUGGUCCCAGCAAGCUUUCCAACGCAACCGUUGCACCCCUCAGUCCCACCCCUGAGCACGCUGCCGUGGGGCCUGGCCCGAGCACCCCUUCCUCGGGUUUCUUCUCCUCCGUCAUCUCGGCUGCUCAAUCCGCCGCAACCACGCUGAGCAGCAGCAUACAGAAUACCACUCUCGGUCCCGGCGGUGGCAGCGGUAGCGGCAGCGGCACCAGCGGCAGCGGCAAAGGUGCCAAGGGCGCUACUACACCUGGUCAGACCAAGGAUCAGCAGCAGCUGAACUCUGCCCAGGCAGACAGCGGCGUCGAGGUCAAGGCUUUGGCGCGGGAGAUGCCAGAGGACCAGACGCAGGAGAAAAAGGAACCCGCCAUCAAGACACUGGGCACAGGAGUCAUGGCCGUCGACAGCCACAGAGCCCGCUCGGAAUCCACGCCCGUGGAGCCGAGCGCGUCGUUACCCAGUUCCACCAUGAAACCUCGUCCAUCGAGGACCCUCACCACCUGCCACCUACCAGAUCCCAAUCGUUGUACGAUCAGCCGGCGCCGCUGGGAGAUGGCGAAAGUCGACGCCGCCCGCCGCGAGCUUGGCCGACGACAAGUCGGUCACGUCUGGCGUAAACCGAAGCGGCAGCGUCAGGAGCGCCAUCGGCCGCCGGCGGAAACGCGGGAGCUCCGCGGCGACGGGCUACACAACCAACACGGAACGCACGGGCACGACGAUAGGGGCGGCGAUUGUCGCCGCCAACGCUUCCUUUGCGCACCCCGGGGCAACCAGAGCGUGCCCAAGCUCACGGGCUUCGCCAUCGCCAGCAAGAAGCGCAAUCGCGACUUCCACAGCUUCUUCAAGAGCGUCCCCGACGACGACUACCUCAUUGAGGACUAUAGCUGCGCCCUUCAGAGGGAGAUUCUCGCCCACGGGCGCCUCUACGUAUCCGAGGGCCACCUUUGCUUCAGCAGCAACAUUUUGGGCUGGGUGACGACGCUCGUGCUCAGCUUCGACGAAAUCGUGUCGGUGGAGAAGAGGAGCACCGCGCUCCUGUUCAAGAAUGGCCUGAUGGUGUCCACCCUGCACAACAAGCACGUUUUUGCGAGCUUCACCAACCGCGACGCCACGUACGACCUCAUCAUCAAGAUUUGGCAGCUCGGCCACCCCAAGCUCCAGAGCACGCUCAACGGCAUCCGCCUAGAAGGACCCGGCGGCGACAAGACGGAGCGAAUCGACAACGAGUCAGCGGUGACGGCGCUCGCCGAUGACGACGAACACAGCAUCUCCGGCUCCGAGGACGAGAGCGACGAUGAUAUCUACGACGAAGACGACGAGAGCGCCCACGCGCCCGACGCCACGCAGGCCACCGACGUCAGUGCGGGCGACGCGGGCGACGCCGAGAAGGCGGUCGCUAGGAAAACGUCGGGGGCCGUAGCCGUGAACGGGGCCCCCACGGAAGCGCCCAGCAGCAAGGAGAUGGUGACCAGCAACGGCGCAGCGUCGGCCGAGUUUCCGGGCCCGCUCACGCACGCACCCACGGAAUGUGGCGAUGCGGCAAGCCACUACGACAAGGUAGUGGGCGAUGAGGUGGUGCCCGCGCCCCUGGGCCAAGUGUUUAGCAUGCUGUUCGGCAGCCAGUCGGCGGGCUGGGUCUCGCGGUUCCUGACGGACAACCAAAAAUGCACGGAGCUGGACAUGGAGGACAAGCGAGGGCUCAGCAUCGACCAUACGGAGCGGUCGUACUCGUACGUGCGGCCGCUUUCGGGCAGCAUCGGGCCCAGGCAGACGCGCUGCAUCAUCUCGGAGAGCAUUGACGCGCUCGACUGGGACAAGGCGGCGAGCCUCAGCGUGUCGACCAAGAACCCGGACGUGCCUAGCGGCAACGUAUUUACGGUCAAGACCAAGUACUGCCUCACGUGGGCGGAGAAGAACCAGACCCGAGUGCAGGUGAAUUGCACCAUUGAGUGGAGCGGCAAGAGUUGGAUUAAAGGCCCAAUCGAGAACGGUGCAAAGGACGGGCAGACAAACUACUGUCGAGAUCUCUUUGCCGCCCUCAGGGCUUCACUCGAGGCUCGAUCUGGCGCCGCGGGAGUCGGGGGCAAGAAGACCAAGAAGGGCCGCAAAACCAAGGCGCAGCAGGCGACAAGCGCCGUGGACACGCAGGCACCGAAGCCAUCGACCAAGCGCAGCUGGGGCGCCCUAGAGCCCCUCCGAAGCGUGUUGGAGCCGAUUCUAGACAUUCUCCGGCCCAUCCUCACGGGCAACGUGGUGUACGGCCUGCUCGUCGGCCUCCUCGUGGCGGCGUGGUUUGGCUUCGGCUUCAACGGGUACCCGUCCCGCGGCCGGGGCGGCUACGAUGACAGGCACCUGGGGCCGUACGGGUAUCCAGACCGGCUCGCGGCGUACGAGGAGAUGUGGAGGCGCGAGGAGAGCGAGCUGUGGGAGUGGCUCGAGGAGAGGGUGGGGCUUGACCGACUCGGAAGAGCGGGGGCCGAAGGAGUACCGGUGCCGCGCAAGAGGGUGGUGGAGCCGCGGACGGUGCAGGAGAAGAUGAGGGAGGAGAAGAUGGAUGCGCGGGAGGUGGAGGAGGCGAUUCGGGUGACGGAGGAGAAGCUCAAGGUGCUGAAGGAUAUGGUGAGCAAGAAGAUGGUGGCGGAAGAUUAA